GAUUGUGACGUCAAAUACAGGAGCCCUCUCGCGCCUCUAAAAUGAAGUGACCUUUCUUUUUUGCCCCGAUACAGAAUCGGUCCGUCGACCGGCACGAACAGAGUACCGCAUUCGCAAGAUAAGGAGCUUCCUGACACGGCCUGAAAGGUAAAUAUGGGUGACGUUGAUAAGGGAAAGAAGGUUUUCAUCCAGAAGUGCGCCCAGUGCCACACAGUUGAAAACGGAGGCAAGCACAAAGUGGGGCCAAAUCUUUGGGGUCUUUUUGGACGCAAGACCGGUCAGGCAGUGGGAUAUUCCUACACAGAUGCCAAUAAGAGCAAAGGCAUUGUCUGGAGUGAAGACACCUUGAUGGAAUAUUUGGAGAAUCCCAAGAAGUACAUUCCAGGCACAAAGAUGAUCUUUGCUGGGAUCAAGAAGAAGGGCGAGAGGGCAGACCUUAUUGCAUACUUAAAGUCAGCCACAUCAUAAUACAGUUGGGAGAGCGAGGAGACUGCAAUAUUUAAAUUAAUUGUUUGUUGUUUGGCUUUGAAUGUCUUUAACGGUAUCUAUUCAAAUUAUGUGACAGAUCAAGUGGCCAGGAUUAUUCAUUACAACAUGUGGCAUGCAUCUAAUGCCAGUUAAUUUUAGCAGGGAAGAUUUCCACUUCUUCGUUUAUCCAAGUAAUUUAAAAAUGAGUCCGAGUUACUGAAGAUCCCCAGUGUAUCCACUUAGUGAAUGAAAUCUGUGUCCCCUGGUUUCACAAGAGCUGUUGUACAUUAAAUUAUUAAAUUGUACUGAACCCUUAAAAGUAUUUGGAUCACAAUGAGUGACUGAACAAGCAGCAUGCUUAUUGGUGACUAAUUGUAUCAGAUGGAUUUGAUCUGUCAAAUAAAACGGUGAAAACUG